UACGAGUAUUUAUUCACCGCAACGACAAUAUUGUAGCACCAAAAAGCUCUUUAUUUCAUUAUUAAAUUACAGAUCUGAAACAGCGUUUAUAGUAGACAUAUAUAACUUGUCAGAAUGUCAGAUCUGGAGGCGCAGGUGGGCGCCGUUUUGGAAAUAAUGGUCAACGCGACUGUUGCAGAAAUGACCAAACUUAUCGGCGGCUGCGAUUCAACACAUGCAGAAGAGUCUUCAUGCGUGACUGAAAGCACACCUGGGUCCGCGGACGGAAAGGUGAUCCAGUUCCGUGUCUUCAUGACGUCUCUGGCUCGAGAAGCUGUGGAGAAGAUCUGCCAGCUUUUCCACGAAUGCUCUUCUCUGCUGCGGUUAGAAGCUAAACAGGGUUUUGCAGAGCUCGAGGACCUGAGGAGAAGGCUGGAGGUGGCAGAGAAGGAGCUGAAGCUGGUGCUGGAGGGCAGUGGAAGCCAGAAGGAGGCAGAGGAGCUGACGGAGGGAGGCAGCUCACUGAAGGAAGGCAGGAGGGCUCCGGCUAAAGCAGCACAAGGAGAGACAGUCCAGAGCCAACGCUCAGGGAGGAAGAGUCGCAGAGUCGUGGCUAGUGGUGAUGGCAGAGUGAAGCGAUCACCAAUAAUUCACCUGUGGAAAGGCAGAACAUAUGAGGACAGCGUCCAGCCUGUGAUUAUAAAGGAGGAAGGAUUGGAGGCGUUGGCUGACCAGGCGUCCUCUGAUUCCGGUCAGUACAGAGAUGACCCGGGCCAGGAUGAUGGCGAUGACCCAGACUACCAGUUGGAGCCAGAAGAUCCAGAUGACGGGGACCCAGGAUACGCCACCAGACCUAAACGCGUUGUAAAGCCCAAGUCUCAUCGAGGUCGAGCGAAGAAGGAGAGUCAGAACCAGCAGCCCCUGAGCUGCAAACACUGCAGGAAAACCUUCACCAAGCUGCUGCAGCUCAAAGCCCACCAGGCAGUACACGGGGCAAACGCAGAGAAGCCCUUCCACUGCUCUCAGUGUGACAGGGGCUUUUCAUUCCAGCGAAGCCUCAAUGCGCACAUGCUGCUUCAUACAGGUGAGAGACCACACACCUGUGAUGUUUGUGGGAAGGGUUUCACCCUGAAGCAGCUCCUGAGGAACCACCAGCGUCUCCACGCUGAGGUCCGGCCGUUUCGCUGUGAAGAGUGCGGUAAGAGCUUCUACCGAGCCCACGGACUGAAAAUGCAUCAGAUGGUCCACACGGGAGAGCGGGCUUAUAACUGCCAGUACUGCAACAAAAGCUUCACAAUACAAGGAAACCUACAGCGACACCUGCGCAUACACACAGGGGAAAAGCCUUUCAGGUGCGACACCUGUGGCAAGAGCUUCAACCAGGCCGACACUCUGAAAGGCCAUCAGCGGAUACACACUGGUGAGCGUCCCUUCAGCUGUGAGACCUGUGGAAAAUGUUUCAUCCAGAAGAGUGCCCUGAAGAUGCACCAGAAGACCUCUCACUCAGGGGAGAACCCGCUGGCAUGCGUAGCAUGCGGCACUACGGUGGCCUGUGUGGACUCUCUUCGUAAACACCUCCAGACGCAUGCGGCGAGUAUUCCGUGUACGUGCGUGCUCUGCGGCCGGAGGCUCAGCUCCAUCACCGACCUGCGCUCACACCAGCAGCACCACACGGUGGACAGGCCUCACAGCUGCGAGCUCUGCGGGAAGAGCUUCAAGUCGUCCAGUUACCUGAAGAUUCACCUGAAGACGCACAGCGGCGAGAGGCCCUUCUCCUGCGACAUCUGCGGUCGCAUGUUUACACAGCACAGCAGUCUUAAAUCACAUCAGGUUGUCCACACAGGAGAGAAACCGUUCAGCUGCGACACAUGUGGGAAAAGUUUCAGCAACACGGGCAACCUGAACAGACACCAGCGAAUCCACACUGGGGAGAAGCCGUUCAGCUGCGACACGUGCGGACGCAGCUUCAACCAGGGCAACAGCCUGAAAGCCCACCAACAGAUACACACCGGGGAGAAACAGUUCAUGUGCGACAAGUGUGGGAAGAGUUUCUCCUACCUGAGGAACCUGAAGGACCACAAGUGUUUCUACGUCUGAAGCUAAACUGUGAGGACUCACCUGCCCUGGUGCAAGAGUGGAUGGGAGAAGCUUCCCUGUAGCUGUUGAAGAAUAAAGGAAGAGUUUGCGGUGAA